UAUUUCUCCUGCUUCUAAACCCUUCCCGAACCAUAUAAGGAGAGGCAGCUGCUGGGGGCGUCCCCAGGAUCUAAAGAUAGCGGCCCCAGCUUCGGACUCCAAAUGCCACCGGGUAGCGGGAGCCGCCAUGGCACGGCAGCAUGCCCGGACCCUGUGGUACGACAGGCCCAAGUACGUGUUCAUGGAGUUUUGUGUUGAGGACAGCACGGACGUCCAGGUGCUCAUAGAAGACCACCGCAUCGUGUUCAGCUGCAAGAAUGCGGAUGGAGUGGAGUUGUACAAUGAGAUUGAGUUCUAUGCCAAGGUGAACUCCAAGGAUUCUCAGGAUAAGCGCUCUGGCCGCUCUAUUACUUGCUUUGUGAGGAAAUUGAAGGAAAAUGUAGCCUGGCCUCGGCUCACCAAGGAGGAUAACAAGCCAGUGUGGUUGUCUGUGGACUUUGAUAACUGGAGAGACUGGGAAGGGGAUGAAGAGGUGGAGCUGGCUCAGGUGGAACAUUAUGCAGAGCUUUUGAAGAAGGUCAGCACCAAUAGACCUCCCCCUGCCAUGGAUGACCUGGACACUUUAGAAAACCCCAGCAAGACCCCUCUCACUUCCAUCUCCCCCUCUGCUUCUCCAUCCUGGAACAGACCUGGCCCUGUGACUAUCUCUACAGCUCCUGAUGACCGUGGUACAAUCAAUGACAUCUCUGUGCUGAGAGUGACCCGACGUGGGACCCAGGCUGAUCAUUUCACACAGACAGCCCUGACCCCUGGGACUGAGGUCCGGGUCCAGGUGGACUGGGAACGGAGGUUUGACCACAUGCAGCAGCAUUCAGGGCAGCAUCUCAUCACAGCAGUUGCUGAUCAUCUGUUUGGGCUGAAGACAACAUCAUGGGAGUUAGGGCGACUCCGGAGUGUGAUUGAGCUGGACAGCCCCUCUGUGACUGCAGAGCAAGUAGCUGCCAUUGAGCAGAGUGUCAAUGAAAAAAUCAGAGAUCGGCUGCCCGUGAACGUGCGAGAACUGAGCCUGAAUGAUCCUGAGGUGGAGCAGGUGAGGGGCCGGGGUUUGCCAGAUGAUCAUGCUGGGCCCAUUCGAGUUGUUACCAUCAAGAGCGUUGAUUCCAACAUGUGCUGUGGGACCCAUGUUAGCAAUCUCAGUGACCUUCAGGUCAUUAAAAUUCUGGGCACUGAAAAGGGGAAAAAGAACAAAACCAACCUGAUAUUUCUGGCUGGGAACCGGGUGCUGAAGUGGAUGGAGAGAAGUUAUGGAACUGAAAAAGCACUGACUGCUCUGCUUAAGUAUGCCCCCUUUUGUUGCCUCCUGUUUCUCAGAUCCUGGACACCCCAGGGCUUAGAUUUCCUACCUGUAAGGCAGACAGAAUACAUACAGCUUUGUGCACAUGUGCAAGUAUUUUUAAGAAGGAUUUCUAGAAGCCAUCUACUCUUUCUCUCCCUUCUCUCCAACCCACGAGGAAAGACUCAGGGCUGCUGCUCUUGGUUUUCUGACUGUAUGUCUGUCCCCAUCUCCGAUCCCCGCAGGGUGGCUGAGGUGCUGGAAGGCAAAGGAGCCGGGAAGAAAGGCCGCUUUCAGGGCAAGGCCACCAAGAUGAGCCGGCGGGCAGAGGUGCAGGCGCUUCUCCAGGACUACAUCAGCACACAGAGUGCCGAGGAGUGAGGACUCGGGCCAGCUCCCUGGUGCUCCUGCCUCGGAGAACUGACCUCUGCUGACCACAUAGGGAGCAGAUAACAGAAUAGUUUGAUUUGCAAUGAUUUUGGUACCAUCUGUGACUCAUUUAUAUAGUAUAGUCCAGUGUGCUUCUGCAAUAAGUGUCUUUGAAUAAACAGCUUUCUAAUUUGGUUCCACUGGA